UCGUGUCCGAGGCAUGUUCACAGCACCGCAACAGAACCCUCUGUGGCGAGAACUAUGACAAUGCCCUGGAUAUCCAGCGGAAGCUUAGAUACUGGGACCAGAACUCAAAGGACCACUAUGAUGUUUGAUAGAUAAUUUGAGAGAUAUACGGUGCUUCUGAAGCAGGUUCACAGCUCCCUAGGGGGACAAUGGGACGGGAAGAGCCGCCGUUCGAUUAAACAGUGGAUCGCGCUUCGACAGUGACAGUAACACCGAUUCCAUGACACGCUGCAGCGCCAAGCCUUCACCCAUGCAAAUCCGCCCAGUAUCCCAGGGCCCUGGGUGCACACGUCAACACCAAUGCCCCGGAUAUCGAGUGUCGCGUGCCUUGUGUCCUUCGCAGGCCCGAUGCAACGAAUUUUGUUCAAGGUAGCUCGACCGCGGUGACUGAUCGCUAAUAUGGCCCCUUCCAGGGCAAAUUCGGCUGGGGUUACGGCCGGCGGUGUUCUGGGCUCAUUGUCACGGUUCUGGCGUAGAACCUACGCAUCAGACUAUAUUGGUUUCGUUCUGCUGCUGACGGGCUACCUUCUUGUACAAUUCCUGGUUGAGCCCUUCCAUCGCAUGUUCUCACUCAACGACUUGCGCAUCUCGUUCCCCUAUGCAGAGACAGAGCGGGUGCCCCUUGGCCUCGACUUCAUCUACGCCCUCUUCAUCCCCCUAGGUAUCCUCAUCCUCUACAACCUCGCCAAAAGCGCCUCCGUCCACAAGCAGCACGUAACAAUCCUCGGCUUCGCAAUCUCCAUGAUCCUCACCUCCUUCCUCACCGACGUCAUCAAAAACAUGGUUGGCCGCCCCCGACCGGACCUGAUCGCGCGCUGCCUCCCCGCCGCCGGCACCCCGCGCGACGUGCUCGUCGACAUCGACGUGUGCACUCAACCGGACCACCACACGCUGCACGACGGGUGGCGCGCGUUCCCCUCGGGUCACGCCUCCUUCUCGUUCGCGGGGCUGGGCUACCUGAGCCUGUUCCUGGCGGGGCAGGCUCGCAUCUUUGCGCACGGAACCACCGGAAGCCUGGCCGAACACACCGAGAAGCUGGUGCGCGGGGACCUGGUGCGGGCGCUGCUCUGCUUUGCGCCCCUGCUGUGCGCCACCAUGAUCGCCAUCAGCCGCUGCCAGGACUACAGGCACGAUGUAUAUGACGUCUGCGUCGGCGCCCUCCUCGGCUGGACCGUCACCUACUGGAGCUACCGCCGCUACUGGCCCCGCCUGAGCAGCGGCCGCUGCGACGAGCCCUAUGCCGGCCCGCCUGGGGGUGGCGGUGAUGAAGCUGGUGCCGUGCGGUACGGGAGGAUCAGGGACGAGGAGGAAGGCGGCGGCGCUGGUGCUGGUGCUGGUCGAAAUGUGACUUGAUGCUGUGAAUAUGUAUGCAUGGGUUCUAGUAAGUAAUUGUGUGUAUGGUUUCUCUGCUUGGAGUUAUGGCGCAUUUUGGGUAUCAGGCUGGGAGAGCACAGCGCAAGGAGUUAUGGUCCAUUCACAUGAGUAUCGGCCCUCUAUUGGUACAAUGCAGCGCUGGGAGGCAGUCCUAUCUGCAGUCCCAUUUUCCUGU